AUGAAGAACGACAGGAAGGAAAACGCUUCCUCGAGAGGAGAACGCUGUAAAUAAGAAACUUGCAAGAUUUCGUUUUUCUAUACAAAAGUGUUUCAAAUAUUCAUACGUAUAAAGAGCAGUAUUUUAAUUAAACAACCUUACAUGUUUUAGAUACAAAUAUAUUUAUAUUUAUAUAUAAAUUUAUAUAUAUUAUAAAAUUAUAAAAUUAUAUAUAUAUAUAUAUAUAUUUAUAAUUUUAGAUACAAGUAUAUUUAUAUUUAUAUAUAUUUGUAUGCUAUAUAUAAACAGUUUUCUUUUUCAUCAAAAAUUCAUUUUCCAACUAGUAUUUCGCGAAGAUCCGAGCGAGCGUAAUUCCUCCUUGGUGUUCUCAUCUUGCUCCCUCUAUUCGCAAGUGAAUUACCUACGACGUAGUUUCGCGAUAGAUGUUUCCAUGGUACUCGUGGAGAAAGAGCUCAAAGCAAUAUUAUUUAACCGUUAAAGUCAGUCCUCGUUAGGCCGUGGCCGAUAGAGGCGUGGGUCGUGUCGUCGUAUAUUAGUUGGGAAACGCCUCCUGUGGGAUCGAGAGGGGUUGAUGGCACACGGAGAUUAAUAGCCAACGGGUCAAGUACGUUAAGAGAGGAGACGGCUCUCUACUCUCUUACCGAACAUUUUGCUUGGGAUAAAGCGGGAGCAACGCCAACGAUGUUCAACACUCGAAAAAAAAAAACAGGAAAAAAAGGGAACAAACGCACGCUCCUGCGAUUCGAGGAAAAUCCUAACACGAUUCCGGAGACACACGGCAGCCAGCCACUAAAUCCUCCCCCAUACCAGCAUACCAGUCGGCAGUCCAGUUCCUGGACGCGUCGUCCUGGACAAAUGCCCGGAUACCAACGGUGGAAGCAAUGCGUCUUAACGACGCGACGCCACUCUGCGAGGCGUCACCACCGCGCCUCGUUCUCUCCGUGCAGUUCCUGUCCCGGGCCAUUUCACGCCUUCGGCACGAACGUCGCAGGACCACGGUUCUCGCUGAUAAUCCGGGGGAAAGCAGGGCUAUUGAUCUAACCUUCCUACCAUCGAUCACUCGAGUCAGUUAACUUGCCUU